AUGUCUAACUACAAUCCUGAGUAUCGGCGAGAUAAUAAAGGGUCCGGAUCACCGCCGUACUCUCGGGAUAACUCACCCGAACGGCAGGCGCACGCUCGCGGACGAAGCCCUUCCGGUGCGACGCUUCAGCUACCAGCCGCAAAGCCAGGCGGUCUAGUUGUCAGUCCCCCUUCGACGAGCCAGCCGGCGUAUACUCCAUACUAUCCUGGGGCCUCGCCGACCACGACCUCACCCGUGAGCACUAAGGCUAACCCGCCGUCGCCCAAAUCUUCUUCCGGGGCAUAUAAGGCGUAUCGGCCCCCCGUUCAGCAGGCAUACUCGACCGACUCAGUGAUACCCAGUCAACCACAUGGGCCUUACACGGCUUACCAGCCUCCAAAGCCUGUGACAUCGACACAAUUACCAACCGUAGCCCCACUGCGCGUGAGGCCACAUCCAUCGCCCGUGAUAUCGCCUUUGGUUCAGCCUGUAAACAAUGCAGACCAGCGACCAGUAUCACCGCCUGCCCAUCGACUCCCCUCACCAUUACCAACAGCGCCGCGGCCAGACCCAGUUGAUUAUAGGCCAUCGACUGCUGAUAGUUACACCACUCUUCCUCCCCAUGAUAGCAAAGGAGGAAGUGCUGCUGCAUAUUACGCUCCAUCUGUAACUGAUUCUGUCGUCUCCACCCCGAGCACUUAUGAACGUCCUAGUAAAUUCUUUGAGAAACCAGCCACAUACUCACCACCUGUGGCCACCGGACCAUAUACACCGCAAGGAGGCCCAUAUCAGCAGCAGCCUCAGCAGCAAGCCCCUCUCCCUUCCUCUUCCUAUGGCCCACCAAAGCCAACUGCCACCCCGCCAGAUCGGAAUAGAGUGUCAAACUAUGGGUCUCCAGCUGCCGCUCCUAUCACACACCCGCAGAGCCCGCCACAUCUACAACAGACCAACAUCCCCUCGGCUACAGGGUAUGCGGAUUCAAACUACCAUCCCUUUGGUCCUCCUCUACAGCCGCAGCAACCUGGUUCGUACCCUCCUGCGCAACAACAGGGUGCCUACCCCCCUGCACAGCAACAGCAAAGCUCGUAUCCUCCCGCGCAACAACAGGAUGCCUACCCCCCAGUGCAACAACAGGAUGCCUACCCUCCUGCGCAGCAGGUAGGUAGUAACUACCCCCCAGCGCAACAACAGGGCGCAUACCCUCCUACGCAAAUGCCGGGUGCAUAUCCUACUACACAACAGUCGAGUCCAUACACUCCGACGCAGCAAGCGACCGCUCCACCGGUCAAUCCACCUCAACCACAGGCAUAUGCUGUUGAAUUACCAAGUUCACCGGGCUUACCAAAUCACCCCCCUAAGCCUUCAAAGCAACUUUCCUUCACCCUUCCUCCAUCGGAUGUCUAUGCGGAGCGGAUUGCAAAUUUUAUGAACAUGCUUGAGAAAGAGGCUUCUUUAUCUCCCACAGCUGCUCCUACUCUCGGUAGGCCAGAGCCAGAGGAUCUUGAGACCAGGCGACACAAAGUCUUUAGGGAUUGGAUUGUGAGCGAAGCUAAGCUUAGAGGGCCGAAAUUUGCUACGGAUCUGGCAGAUGAUCUUGAUAGCCUGAGUUUUGGGAACAAGAGGGCCUCGGAGCAGUUCACUGCGAAGCCUAGAGGUGGCACUGAUAUUUAUGGAGGUUCAUCAGCUCAGAGGUCAGCUUCACAACCGGCUUAUAUUCAACCCCCUGCCCCCCCGAAGGUCACGAUGCUUGACCUUAGUAAAUUGCUACCAUUGAUCUACCCGCCUCCACCUGCUAAAGUCACUGCUGCAGCCAAGCUUGCGCCGUUCCAGAAGACAUUUGCCGCAACAUCAAAUUUGGCAUUUAUCGAAAGGAACCGCCAGACGUUUGUUGUAAAUCAAGGUGAGAUGGAACGUAGAAUCCAAGCUGAGGUUGACGAGGUUCGUCGCCGUCGGGGCAAGCGUAACCCAGCAGACGCCGAGAAUGUUGUGCGUGAAAUCCGCAAGCGUGAAGGCUUGGAUGCAUACGAGCGUUUCGAUCGUGAUGUCGUCAGUGCUACGUACGGAGAGCUUAUGAAAUCUGGUGAGGUUAUUGAUACGGUCAAGCAAGGUGUCGAGGAAUUCGUCAAAGAUAGCGUCAACACUCUCACUACGGUGGAGCUCUUAGAAGUCAUCAGCUUCCUGACUGCUGUUCAAGAUCUCUCGACCACAGUCCACAAUCAUAUGGAAAGCCUUUUGACGGAGAGGAGCAUGAAGUAUAUGUACAGCUUGACGGUGCCUCUUUACGAGGCUAAUGAUGCGGCAGAGGCGAAGAAAAUCGAAGCCUGGAAUCAAAGUGUCGUCGCUGGCCAGGUUGCAGAUAACAAGACUGCGGAAGAAAAGCGAGUUGGGAGCUAUUCCAAGUUCAUCAUUGGGAUUUGCGACCAGGUCAUCGCUCGUGAAAAGGACAAAACUGCCCGAUUGACCGCUGCUUUAACUGAACUUGUUAGAGCUAUCGAUGCUGGUACAAGGGACGGUGGUCGCCUCGAGUUCCUUAUCCCACACGGCGAAGAUACCCGACCAUUCGAUCUUUCCGAGGAAGGAAAGCUUUUGUGGUUACGAUCUAAAAUUUUGACCGCAGCUCUUGCAAUCCAAUCUUCUCUAGACUCUCAGAAGGCUCUUCAAAAGACAAAGGAUGUGGCUACGAGACUCACGAUCAAAGCUAGAUAUGCAGCACAGGAGGCAGAGGCAGUCAAGCAGAACCCGACAAACCAACAAAAGAAUAUCGAGGAUAUCAACAGGCUGAGAGAGUCUCAGGCCCGGGAAAUUGAAGCGUUGACUAAGACCGAGGAACGGGAUUCUGAGAUUCGGGGCAUUGAGAGAGGCAGGUUCGAGGCAACCAUCCGACCCGCAACUGAUACGCUAAAGAGCAAGGCACUAGCAGUCGGAGGCGAGCGGGCUCAAGGUUGGGCCAAAGAAGGCAAUCAAGAGGCCCUUCUCGGUUGGGUGUAA